AUAGCUGUCGGGGUUGCUAGAGGUCUGGCUUUCCUACAUGGGUGCUCCACCUUGACUGGACCCAUAAUUCUCCUCCAUCUUUCGACAAAAAGUAUCCUGAUGGAAUCACUUUCGAAGCCUUUGAUUGGAGAUUUUGAUCUUAGUAAGCUGAUCAAUCCUUCAAAAACCAUGGGGACAAUCUCAGUUGUUGCUGGUUCACUUGGGUACAUCCCUCCAGAAUAUGCAUACACAAUGAGGGUGACUCCAUCAGGGAAUGUUUACAGUUUCGGAAUCGUGAUGCUAGAAUUAUUAACCGGCAGGCCUGCUAUAAGUGAAGGGACUGAGUUAGCUAAAUGGGUACUGACUCAGACUCAGUUGAUCCAUCACAACAAGUGGAAAGAAAUUCUUGAUUGUAGACUAUUAAGUGAUGCAUCAAGAGGUGUUCAUGAUCAAAUGCUUUCAGUUCUUAGAAUUGCUUUAGGUUGUAUUGCCCUCUCACCAGAUGAAAGGCCAAAUGCAGAAAGCUUGCUCGAUUUGCUGCUUGACGUCACAACAAUUUAGUCUGUAAUUAUGUAACAGUAAUUGUGGCAAUUUAGUAGCAUGGCAAACGGAGUUCACUACAUUGUACCCCACAAUCGGUUUUUCAGGAAUAAUAAUAGGACAUGUUUGUUUUGGUUUAGACAAGCCAUUCUGUGACAAUGUUCACUAGAAAUUCUGCAUAGCUUUACUUCAAUUUUGGCCUAUGACUGGUUUGUUCCCAAUACUAUCCUGAUAAAUUAUAACAAACUUCUCAUAUUAACCCUUUACAUUAUGACAUUUACAUACCCAAAUUUAUAAAUAGGCAGGUUAUUUGUAUCCCAACUCUGUUCUAUCUACUUGCAUCUCCAGGGCAGUCUCUCUAGCAAGUUGUUUUUUGGGUUUUGCUUUCUU